UCCCCCCUCCUCCUCCUCCUCCUCCCCCAUCUGUAGCCCGGUGCGUUCCCCUCUCGGCACGUUCUCCGUCUGCUGUGCUCCUCUGCGGACGCGCUGGAGCUGGAUGUCCGGACACUGGCCGCUGCGCUUCUCUUAAUGAUCCGGAGAAGGAGAAUCACUGGGACGCACAUGGCUCGAUAACAUGAUGAUCCGGCCCUUUUCCCCUCCCCCCUCCACCUCUCUCUUCCCCGUUUUCCUUUUGCUCCUCCCUUUCCUCCCUCCGUCCCUCGUCUCCUCUUCCCUUUCUCACGCCCCAUUGAGCUGGACCUCUCCUCAUGACCCCUGCUACUACGUAGACGGCCGCCCGCGGCACUGCCUGUCGGAGUUCAUCAACGCCGCCUAUGGCGUCUCGGCCAACGCUAGCCAUUCACUGCAUGGGCCUGAUCGUGACAGCGGCAUCACCACCUUGACGGACCUGCACAAUCCCCACAACCUCACCUGCUGGACGCCCCAUGGAGGUCACGACACCGGGCACUGGGUCCUCUCGUUAGCUCUGGGUCGACGCUUCGAGAUCACCUACAUAAGCUUGCAGUUUUGCCAACGGGGGGAGCCGUCGGACCCCAUCUCCAUCUCCAUACUCAAGUCCAUGGACUACGGGCGCACCUGGAGGCCGAUGCAGCACUACUCCAGCGACUGCCUCGGGGACUUUGGGUUGCCCUCCCAGACGGUGGCCCAGACGAGGCACCAAGAGACGGAGCCGCUCUGCUCCGACCCUCGGCCCCUGCAGAAGCAGCGGGGCGGCAUGGUGUUGGCCUUCUCCGCCCUCGACGGGCGGCCGUCUUCUCCCGAUUUCGACCACAGCCACACCCUCCAGGACUGGGUGACGGCCACGGACAUCCGCGUGGUCUUCCACCGGAUGUCCAAAGAGGUAAAGGUGGGCAACUCCGAUAAGCGAGAGGAAGCGCGAUGGCGCGGCGGCGCAGAUGAUGACAGAAGGACUGGUCUUCUGAGGUGGAGAUCAGGCUCCACGGGGCACGCUGGAGCUCAGGGGGACCGGUUGAAUGCAGAUAAUACACUGGCACUUUUUGAGAGGGACACAAAAAAAUCAGUGAUAAGUGGGAGGAACAAAGGGGAGAAAGCGGUCAAACAUGGGAGGAAGGGUCAUUAUAAAGGGUCAGGUCAAGACAAAGAUGGACACAAUGUGACCAGCAAAGAAGGGGGUGGUAGCUUAAGCACAGACACGCUCACUUAUUCAAAGAAAGGCGGUAAAGCCAGAGGGCGUGGUAUCAAGAAAGAGAGCAAUGAUUGGCUACCUUGCCCCAACGGUGGUUGCGUUUGGACAGUUGAGGGGCGGAGCCGGAACAACAACGGGCGGGAACUGAGGAAGAGGAGGAACAAUAAUCUCAACACCAGACAAAGCUCGAGGAAUCUGCAGGCGGCCCCGCCCUCCGCGGCCCGAGCCCCGCUGGCCCUCUCGGACGUGCAAGUUGGCGGCAGGUGUAAAUGCAACGGACACGCCUCCACGUGUCGCCGUGACGACACUGGCCGGGCGGUGUGCGUGUGCGAGCAUCACACGGCGGGGCAAGACUGCGACGUGUGUGAGGAUUUCUACUGCGACAGGCCGUGGCAUCGGGCUACACCCACGCACCCGAACCCCUGUGUGGCCUGUGAGUGCAACGGCCACUCAAACAAGUGCCGCUUCAGCAUGGAGGUGUUUCAGCAGUCGGGCCGGCGUAGCGGGGGCGUGUGCCUCAAGUGUCGCCACCACACGGCCGGACGCCACUGCCAGUACUGCCAGAACGGAUACACGCGCGACCAAAGCAAGCUGCUGAACCACCGCAAGGCCUGCCAACCAUGUCAGUGCCAUCCUUUGGGAGCGGUGGGCCGCUGGUGCAAUCAGACAUCGGGUCAGUGCCUGUGUCGAGAAGGGGUGACCGGCCUCAGGUGUAACCGCUGCGCCCCGGGGUACCAACAGGGCAAGUCCCCUCUGCGACCCUGCAUACGAAUUCAAGAGGUCGCUCCGACACCAAUGUACCAACCUCAGUACAGCAUAGCGGAGGAGUGUGUCUCAUACUGCCAGCCUUCUCAGGCUAAAGUCAGAAUGAACUUGGAGACCUAUUGUCUCAAGGACUUCGUGCUGAAGGUGCAGGUGAAAGCGAUGGAGCGCUCGGGUCCCUGGUGGCAGUUCUCCAUCUCCGUCCAACCCGUCUUCCGCACGGGGUCCGGCUCUCGCGUCCGCAGAGGCCCCCAGUCCCUCUGGGUCCCCGACCGGGACCUCGGGUGCGGCUGCCCCGCCCUCCACGUGGGCCGAACCUUCCUCCUGAUCGGCGCGGAGGAGGGGGAGCGGGGCUGGGGCCCCGAGGAGAGUCGCCUGGUGGCCGACCGCUCCACUCUGGCCCUCCAGUGGCGGGAACACUGGAGCCCCAAACUGAGGGGCUUCCGCGGGCAAGACAAGAGGGGCCGCUGCCCGCCGAAACACCAGCGCGCCCGUCACGGGGAGGCGACAAAGCCCCUGUCCGGGUACGUCCCUCCUCACCUGCUGGCUGAGAAAGAGCCUCACGGUGGGGACACACACUCCGUGAAAGGGGAGGACACUCGAACCACAGCGGUGCCGCACGCACACACUCGCACGGACGCAGAGGUCGAACCCACGGAGGGAAGCCCCUCGCCCAGCGGCCCCUCGCCCAGCGGCCCCUCGCCCAGCAGCCCCGCUGCAGGCUGCUCGACGCAAGGUCCUGGUUGAAGAACAGAAACCACAAAAACACCUUUCACAGUUUUAGGAGAAAAGGGCUUGACUUUUCUUCUUUGGCGUUUGGUGCACAAACACACACACACGUUGACGUUCAAAUGCUCAUUUUAAAAUGUGAAGGAACACAAAGGUUUCCUCAUGUUGACCUCCACCAACUCCAUAUAACACUUUGAACAUUAAAGUCUGACUAAACUGAAAUGCCA